CCGAUAACUCCCCCAAUUUCUCCCUGUUUCACGCAGCCACCACUUCAAGUUCAGAUCCACCCCCCACCUCCCUCUCACUCCUCUGUUUCUUCCUCUCGGCCUCUCUCCAUUUUUUUUUUUCACCUUCUCCCUUCAAUCCCGCCACUCUCUCUGCGUCUCCCUAUUCUUGUAACCUCCACCCACCACCGUCGGCCAAGCCCUCCACCACGACGCCGGUAAGCUUUCUCUUCCCUUCGCUUUCUCUUUCCCUCUAACCCUCCGUUAAUCUCUCUCCUCUGUUUCUAUCUCUCUCCUCCGUUUGCAUCUCUCUUCCGUUUUUCCGCCAGACUGUGUGCCGCCGCCUCCCUCUUUCGGUUUGUCGAUGCCGUUGUCGUGCGCCACCAAGUCGCAGGCCGUCGCUGUUCGUCCUCCGUUUUGCUCAGCCGCGCCAUCUCCCCCGUCGUUUUCAUCCUCUCCAGGUUGCGCCUCCACGCCAGUCGCCACGCCGAUCGCUCAUCCCUUCUCCCCGAUUUCGGUCGCCCCUCUUCAUGCCGACUAGGUUUUUUUUUUUCCUCCCACAGUAGUCCCUUUAAGUCCUGAACCGUGACUAACAUAGGCCAUCGGAGUCAACCUCUUACUGCCAAAGGCAUCGAAAUCAGUCCUAGACUGCGUAUUCUCAAUUUCUCACUAUUGAAUUCACCGUAUUCACUGUAACGAAAUUAGGGACCUUAGGUUGUGAGACUAUUAGGGGUCGGACACAAGACUUAGAUAUCACGUUGCAAGAAUCAGAUGAUGUGAAUGCUUCAGCAGAGGAUCCAGAAUAAGAUGCGGGGACAAGAUUGUUGAGUGUAGGGGAUAAGUACUAAGAUUACUAGAGACUGUUAUUUAGUAGAUUUGAUUUAUUAUGUUGAUUUAGUUUAUUGGGAUGUUGACACGUUUAUUAAGACUUUGAGGAGUUAUUGGUUUAUUUGUUGGAUCAUUUCAUUGAUAACCUUGUGGAGGAAUAUAUAUAUGUAUAGUUGAUGAAAAUAGAUGAAAUUAUGUUUAUGGAAUCUUUUAAUUUUUUUUUUUGUACUAUGAGAUAUGAUUUUAAGUGACAAGAAGUAACUCUCCAACCCAUCCAAGACCGGGGCUUUACAUGAGUUUUCUUCGGCAUUUCUCACAUUUAUUUUUCAUAUGGUUUUCUAUCUUGUUGCUCUGAAAUCCUUAUUAUUCUCUUAGGGUUUUAUCUGAGAAAAUUGGAAAAAGGGAAGAAAUUCUAUAGCACAUAAUACCCCUUUAAUUCUCUGCGAAACCAUGAUUACAGAUAUAAUUUAUGCGAAUUCUACUGGAUUAAUUCUAUUAAACUAGUUCUUUGUCGAAUUGCCAACUUACUGGACUCGUGCAUUUGUAGUUUAUUUAGUUAAUCUUGUUCUCUAAAUUAUGAAUUGGGACCGUUUUGUGAUUUGCUGCAAUUUAAUUCUCACCUUUAACAAGUUCCUCACUUUAUAGUUCGACAUACUUGUACUUAUUAAGGGAAAAUAAUGCAUGUGAAUUUGGUUCUGAAUUUGAAAACUAAAUACGCCCUUGAUUGUGAUUAGUGAUGUGCACUUGUUAUGGUUUGAUUUAUAAUAUUGAUUAGUUUAAAUUUGAUUGUCUCUUCUGUUUCGCUCUAUGACUAUGAUGGUAAGGUUUUUCUUCUCAAUCGUUUGACUAGAGGAAAGGCUUUGAUUUAUAGGACUCGAAGAAUUGAAGUGGAGUUUUGGAGAAAAAGCGAAGGAGAGUGAACAUAUCUAGGUGAAAGAUGCUUCAGAUCCGGCUUAGGCCAUCCUCAGAAGGUGCUGGAGGGGCGAAGCCCUUGCCUGUGGAAACUGUGACAGUCGCAUGCCCUGACCACCUUGUCCUUGCUGAUCUCCCUGUAGCAAAGGGUAUUGGUGCAGCAACUUCUGCUUCCCUUGUCAAGACUGUUGGUCGUAGGUCCCGUCGCCCUCUUGGUGAGAGAGUCCAUUUCUGUGUUCGUUGUGAUUUUCCCAUCUCUAUCUAUGGGCGCCUGAGUCCUUGUGAGCAUGCCUUCUGUCUCGAUUGUGCUAGAAGUGAUUCAAUAUGCUACCUUUGUGAUGAGCGUAUACAGAAGAUUCAGACAAUUAAAAUGAUGGAAGGGAUAUUCAUCUGUGCUGCACCACAUUGUCUCAAGUCUUUUUUGAAGAGGUCUGAUUUUGAAUCUCAUAUCCAGGAGAGCCAUGCUAACCUUCUUCAACCCAAUGCUGAGAAAGAAGAUGGAAAUGAGUCAGAGUCUCAACUUGCUAAACAACCUACUGCUUCGGACUCCACUGCCCGUGGUCCUCCAAGACCAGUCUUUUCUCCUGGUUCAAAUUCCCAACUUCAUGAUCGUGAAGACAGAACUCAUCGACAGCAACCUAGGGAACCGCCGCCUCCAAGGCCAGUCAUACAGCCAAAGCAACCAAGUUUUGGCCAAGUACAAAAUCACCCCUCAGAGCUGCAACCCGACAACAACCGACCCCAAGGCUUUGACAGGCUGGGCCCCCAAAACCGCUUCCAUCAACAGAUUUUUGACACCCACGCCACCCCACAACAAGAAUCUGGCCAGUUUCCAGACAAACAGCAAGGAAUCCUAUCUGAGAGUCCAUUUCCUGAAUACCCACCCAUGCAUUCCUUUCAGCCAUCUAAUUUUGCCGUGCCAGUUAAUUCAAAUCCAAUGCUAAAUCCUCCUCUCCCUUAUGGAUAUCCUCCUUUCCAGCCUGAGGGAGGUCAACCAUUUUAUGGCACUACCUAUGAGGUUACGCGGCAGGAUUCAGCAUCAGAAGCAGGAGCAGAACAGGGAUCAUUGUUGGGUUUCCCACCAGUUCAAGCAGGUGGUGUAAAUUUCCCAGCUGCGUAUGCUCAGCCCUGGAAUGCAGGCUUUGUUGGUUUGCCUUUUGAGCAUCCACCUGGUGGUCAAGGCAUUAUAGAUGGUUUCACAAAUGCAUCAGAUUCUCAUGGGAAAGCUGCAUUUCAUCAAGGUGAGUUUGGACGCAGUCCUGGAGGUUUGCCUUCAAAUCCUCCCCCGCCAAUGGCUAGUAAGGGUAUGGAACAAGUGCAGAGUGGCAACUUAAUGGAUCCAAGGGAUGGCAAGGGUAUAUUAGCACCACAGCCCCUGACACUCCCGCCACCACCUCCACCCCGACCUCAUUCCUCGCAACUUAAAAGAAAGUUCUAUCCCGAUGCUAGCCGUGAUGGACAGGGCUAUGGGUGGCAGCAUGAAAACCGUGAUAGCUAUGGGAGUGGCCAGGAAUAGCAAAUAUGCCGGUUUUCACUUCAGAACCUUUUUACAUUUGAACUCAUUGAAUCAAUUAAUUUAGCCCGUUGUGCCUUUUAUUUGUUCCCGAUAAUGCGUUAGUCGAUGAUCUCAUGCUCUGUGGGUCCAGUUUGUUCGUAUAUUUUGAUUGGAUAUCUUGCGAAUAUCUUCAGCAUAUUCUUUACAGUGCUUCCCCUUAUCACUGACACUGAUAUAGAUGAUGUAGUUUGACUGAAACAUUUGAUGUAAAAUUUUCCUAAAAUUUUUGUU